UACUCCUCUGUCGUAAAACCUCAAGCAGCAGCAGCAGCAGAAGAGAAGAAGAAGAAGAAGAAGAAGAAGAAGUAGAAGUAGUGGAGUAGGAGCUAGCUGCACAUGUGGUCGACACGCUGCGUCUGUUCAGUGAGAGUCACAGGAGAAGAGGGAGAGAGAGAAGAAUUCCACUCAGCAUCGUUUUAACGCUUUAGAUCCGACAACAUGAGGCCAGGGUUCAGUCCUCGUGGGGACCGUGGAGGAAGAGGUAGAGGAGGAUUCGGUGACCGGGGAGGACGAGGAGGAUUCAGAGGAGGGAGAGGUGGAGGAUUCAGGUCCCCAGAGGGUGGAGGAUUUCGGGGCCGGGGGGGUGGCAGAGGCACCCCAAGAGGGAGAGGAGGCAGAGGAGGAAGGGGUGGCAGAGGAGGCUUUGGAGGAGGGAAGAAGGUCUUGGUUGAGCCACACAGACAUGAAGGAGUGUUCAUUUGCAGAGGGAAGGAGGAUGCCCUGGUGACCAAGAACAUGGUGGUGGGGGAGUCUGUUUACGGAGAGAAAAGGAUCAGUGUGGAGGAAGGAGAGACUAAAAUUGAAUACAGAACCUGGAAUCCAUUCCGCUCCAAGCUGGCAGCAGCCAUCUUGGGAGGAGUAGACCAGAUCCAUAUCAAGCCCGGAGCAAAGGUCAUGUACCUGGGAGCUGCCUCUGGCACCACUGUGUCCCACGUUUCUGACAUUGUUGGACCGGAAGGGCUGGUCUACGCUGUUGAGUUUUCCCAUCGAUCAGGUCGUGACCUUCUCAAUGUGGCAAAGAAACGCACCAACAUCAUUCCAAUCAUCGAAGAUGCUCGACACCCACACAAAUAUCGCAUGCUAGUUGGCAUGGUGGAUGUGAUUUUUGCUGAUGUUGCCCAGCCUGACCAGACUAGGAUUGUUGCUUUGAACGCUCACAACUUCCUGAAGAACGGAGGACACUUUGUUAUCUCCAUCAAGGCUAACUGUAUAGACUCGACAGCAGCUCCAGAGGCAGUAUUUGCCUCAGAGGUGAAGAAGAUGAGUGCUGAGAACAUGAAACCACAAGAACAGCUCACACUGGAACCCUAUGAGAGAGACCACGCUGUGGUGGUGGGCGUCUACAGACCUCCACCUAAACAGAAGAAAUGAGGUGUGGAAGAAAGCUCAGGGAAGCGGAUUGCCAUUUUCAACCACCAUCUACUUUUCAUACUGUCAGUGUUUUCUGUUGCCGUCCUCUCCACCUGCCUCUGUAGAUUCCUGUACAGUGUGAGAGCAUGACUAGCACUCUGGGUAAAAUUUGGCUGGUUUUCCUUUUUUAAACCCUGACCGUUAACUGACCAACCAUCCAACUGCUGGAGGGUCUUUCUAUUAUUGAUAAGGCUGGGAGCACAUUAUGUAACAUUUGGGGCCAUUUCAGCCACAAAUUGUCAUCUGUUGGUUGCCAGAUUGGAGGAAGUCAUGUUAGCAGUAUAAGUUUUAUAUGUUAUGGUUCACAGCUGGUUGGGCCACCCUUAUUUCACAUCAGUUAUGCACAAGUGAUAAGUAUAUCCAACUGAUUAUCAGGUCUGUGGUCCUGUGCAACUACAUACCAGGAAGAUAAUUAAAAAGUAAAUGGUCAAGUGUUAAAUAUCCAGUCUUGUGUAGUGUGUCCCCGGCCUUAGAUGAGUUGUCAGGGAAUUUUUGAAUUCACCUGCUGCUGCCCUGUGAACAUGUUACUUUCUACCCUGAGCAGCAUUUCAACAGACAGGAUAAACCGUUUAAAAAAAGUUUUGUUCAAAGACUAAAUGGUUUGAUUUUGGCUCCAGUGAGAUUUUUUGUUUGGUCAGUCUUUUUAUUUCAAUUCUUCAUGCUUCUGUGUGCUCCUGAUUUUAAAUUACAAAAUGUGUUUCUGAUCCCCCUUCUCUGGAUGCUUUUGAUAGAACGUCCCAAAUUGUUAGGGAUAUUCCAAGUAGCCACACAUCAUACACCCCAGAUGGCUAGUGUUUUUAGUGUAUAAAAGGUCAGAACUUAUGUAUGCUCAUGUGAAUAAGUCCGCGCAAUACCCACUCCGUAGGUAAGGAACACUUAAUGCUGAUCAGUUUAGUGGUGAGGUGGUAAACUUGUAAACUUGACCCUGUGUGAGUGUGAAGACAAAUAUAGAUGGUGACUUUUUCACUGAGUAGUAAUUUGAUACUAGUAGUAUAACUUUUGUGUUGGCAGAGUAUGAAGCAGAAUGGUUGUAAUUUACAACAAUUUAUGCUUGAAACAGUAUGUAUUUUUUUACAUAACUGACAACUUUGUUUUAAUAAAAUGUUUAUCAUUCUU